AUGAGCCGGCAGUGCUACACCUCCAGCUCGCUGCUGGGCCGACGUGGCUUCUCCUCGGCCUCCGCUGUCUGCGGUCUGGGCAGAGCGGGCAGCAGCUCGGCCUCGGUGUGCCAACCGGCGGCACGGCGCUGCGGGCUGGGCGGCUUCAGCAGCCGGAGUGUCUGCGACCUGGGCCGUGGGCAGAGGAUUUCCUUCGGAGGAAGCUGCCGUAGUGUGGCAUAUGGUCGCUUCGGCGUGGGCACGGUGGUGGGGUUUGGUAACUGCGGAGGCUAUGGGGGCCUGGGCAGCUACAGAGGCCUUGGGGACGGCGUGGCAAUGGGAGGCUACAGCGGAGGCAUCGGCAUCGGGCUUGGAGGAGGUCGAUCGGAAGGGAUCCGCGGUGUCAGCAUCCACCCAGAGCUCCUCAAGCCCCUCUGCGUGGGGGUGGACCCUGAGGAGUGCCAGGUGCGGACCCAUGAGAAGGAGCAGAUCAAGAACCUCAACAACCAGUUCGCCUGCUUCAUCGACAAGGUCCGGCUGCUGGAGCAGCAGAACAAGGUGCUGACCACCAAGUGGGAUCUGCUGCAGCAGUACGUCCUGCCGGCGUCCCGGCGCAACCUGGAGCCCGUCUUCGAGAAUUUCAUCUGCAACCUGAGGAAGCAGCUGGAGUGCGUGCUGGGGGAGCGAGAGAGGCUGGAGAACGAGGAGCGCUGCCUGCGGGACCUGGUGCAGGAGUACAAGUGCAAGUAUGAAGAUGAGAUCAACAAGCGCACAGCUGCGGAGAAUGAGUUCGUGGUGCUGAAGAAGGACGUGGACUGCCUCUACCUGACCAAGGAAGAGCUGGAGGUGCGAGUGGGUCUCCUACGGCAGCAGCUGGAGUUCCUCAAGUGCAUCUAUGCUGAGGAGCGAGCACAGCUGGACUGCCAGCUGUGUGACACCUCGGUCAUCGUGCAAAUGGACAACAGCCGAGACCUGGACAUGGAGGGCAUCAUCAAAAGCGUGGAGUGCUGCUACGAGGAGAUUGCCCAGAAGAGCAAGGCUGAAGUGGAAGCUUUCUACCAGACCAGACUGGAGGAGCUCCACAGCAGCAGGGGCAAGUUCUGUGAUGACCUACGGAACAACCAGAGUGAGAUAGCUGAGCUGAACCGGAUGAUCCAGAAGCUGCAGUGCGAGUCGGAUAACGUGAAGAAACAGAUCGCAGCCCUGCAGACGGCCAUCUGUGAUGCUGAGCAGCGCGGCGACUGUGCCCUUAAAGACGCGCGGCAGAAGCUGGUGGACCUGCAGACAGCUCUGCAGCAGGCCAAGGACAAGAUGGCAUGUUUGCUGAGGGACUACCAGGAGCUGCUGAAUGUCAAGCUGGCCCUGGACAUCGAGAUUGCGACCUACAGGACCCUGCUGGAAGGAGAAGAGAGCAGGAUAUGCACUGGCAACCCGGUGAGCGUAGCCGUGGUCAGCGGCGGUGGCACGGUCGGUGAGUGCCGAUCCCUAUCUGGAAUCGGUGGCAAAUGCUCUGUGAAGACUGGAGCCGCCUCGGGGCUGGGAGGAGUGGUCUCAUCCUUUGGGGUCAGCGGUGCCGGGUUCAGCGCUCGCAGCGUGGACUGCGUCCCCAGGGUGGGGGGCAGCUUUGGGGCCCGGAGCGCAGCCAGCUGUGUGGGGCGCGAGGUGCUGACUGGUGCCGAGGGGCUGCAGUGCGCGGCCGGCAUGGGCAACCUGGUGUGUGCUGGAGUGGAGCAGUGCAGCCCAGGGGCUGUCAUCAUCCCGGGGCCGGGGGUGUGCGGAGGGGGCAGCCGGUACAGCACGGCCGUGCGCGUGGUCAGAACGAGCCGGUAG